UGAGGGAGUGAGCGAAAGGUGGAGAGUGCUAGGCUACGGACAGUGUGGGUUUAAGGUUCCCACUCUUUUUAGGCUGGCGGCUGACCCAAGCGUAUGCCCCCCCCCCCUCCCCCAACGAGAACGAUUUUGACGGAGCCGCAGGACAAAAUAGGGAGGAUAGUGGAAGCGACUGGAAUGAGAGAAGAAGAGAGCUGAUUUUAGGAGAUAAGGUACGACAGACAGAGGCAUCGCGGCGGUAGACACCAACCAGACAACGGUAGCUACGGACGAAGAGAGAAAAAGGAAGACAUAAAAAGUGGAAAGGUUUGACAGUUUUGUAAAGCGAACAGAGUAAACAAAUUGUGGAAACGUUAGUUCACCGGGUAUGGCAGACGCAGACGUUGACUUCCAGACAGGCGAUGCCGGGGCAUCCGCCACCUUCCCCCAGCAGUGCUCGGCCCUGCGCAAGAACGGCUUCGUGGUGCUGAAGGGACGACCCUGCAAAAUCGUGGAGAUGUCCACGUCCAAGACCGGCAAACACGGCCACGCUAAGGUCCACAUGGUUGGUAUCGACAUCUUCAACGGAAAGAAGUAUGAGGAUAUCUGUCCCUCCACCCACAACAUGGACGUACCCAACAUCAAGAGACUAGACUACCAGUUGAUUGGUAUCACGGAUGGUUACUUGUCUCUGCUCCAGGACAGCGGUGAAGUGAGAGAGGACCUGAAGAUGCCAGAAGGAGACAUGGGCAAGGAAAUCGAAACCAAGUACGAUGCUGGAGAGGAGAUUCUGAUCACUGUUCUGUCUGCAAUGAAUGAGGAGGCUGCAGUUGCCAUCAAGGCCAUGGCUAAAUAAGACACUGCAGGUUACACGUACAUAACACUGUAUGUCUAUGGACCAAGGGGAAGGCAACUCCAAGACUGCUUUUUGGAGAACAUCUCUAUUCAAGACCUUGAACUACAGAGAUGUUGGCACAACAGGAGUUAUGGUUAAUGUUGAUCAAGGUCUUUUUGAAUGUAUCUUAUUUAUUUGUAUGUCUUUUUUAUCAGCCAAGGUUAGGUAUAUGUUUUACUUUGCCUAAGGACGUACUGGAACACUUUGGCUGGUCCCCCAGGCUACUUAUAUAUUUGUUUUAAAUCACAGGAGGUUGGUGGCAUCUUAGUUGGUGGAGGACUGGCUCGUGGGAAAGGCUGGAGUGGAAUAGGUGGAAUGGUAUCAA